AUGCCUCCACCACACCACCACGCACACGCCGAGGGCGCCCAACCUAUUCCUGACACGCCAAACCCACACCACUAACGACAAACGCCUCGGGAACAACCAAAACCCACAACCCCACUAUACCAACAGAAACCGGCAUAUACCUAGACAAGGACCUAAAGCCCAGAAACUAGAGAACUACACACCCACAGACCGCACAAACAUAGAAGAUGAACA